CUUCUUCAAACCCCUACGAGGUACUCUAGUAUUGCAGCAAUGUCGGAACGCGAAAAUAAUAUCUAUAAGGCGAAGCUGGCUGAACAAGCCGAGCGGUACGACGAAAUGGUCGAAGCCAUGAAGAAGGUUGCUUCUAUGGACGUGGAGCUAACGGUUGAGGAAAGAAAUUUGCUGUCGGUGGCUUACAAAAACGUCAUCGGUGCACGCCGUGCUUCCUGGCGGAUAAUCUCUUCGAUAGAGCAAAAAGAAGAGAAUAAGGCAGUCGAGGAGAAGCUCGAAAUGAUCAAGAACUACCGCUCACAGGUUGAGAAGGAACUGCGCGAUAUCUGCUCAGAUAUCCUUGAGGUGCUCGAUAAGCAUUUGAUCCCGUGUGCAACGACCGGUGAAAGCAAGGUGUUUUACUACAAGAUGAAGGGCGAUUAUCAUCGCUAUUUGGCAGAGUUUGCGACCGGUGGCGAUCGCAAAGAUGCUGCCGAAAACUCGCUCGUUGCGUACAAGGCUGCCAGUGAUAUCGCGAUGACUGACCUUCCACCAACGCACCCAAUCCGGUUGGGAUUGGCUUUGAACUUCUCAGUAUUUUACUACGAAAUCCUGAACUCUCCGGAUCGUGCCUGCCGUCUAGCGAAAGCUGCAUUCGACGAUGCUAUUGCCGAACUGGAUACUCUGAGCGAAGAAAGCUACAAAGAUUCAACGCUAAUCAUGCAGUUGCUUCGAGACAACCUCACCUUAUGGACAUCCGACAUGCAGGCUGACGGUAAGACAGGAGAAGGUGAACAGAAGGAACAAAUCCAGGAUGUCGAAGACCAAGACGUGUCGUAAUUUGCGCGCGUCUCGUUUUAUGUGUGAGUUUAUUUUAUUAAUUAAAAAAAGCAAGAUAAGAGAUAAGCAUUAAGAAAUAAGAAAAUAAACAUAAGAAAUAUACACAAAACACAGACAUAGAG